AUGUCGUCCUCGCGAGUUUCGCUCGUCAUAGGCGCGUGUCUGCUGGCCGUCGUCGCUCCAAUCGUAUUUACAGAAACAGAAGCAGAUACAGUUGACGAAGGAUUUCUGUUCUACACUACGGGCUCGGCUAUACACGAAAUCGGUCUUAAAAGUCACGUGGAAAAUAUAUUUGCGGCAGAUCCAUCGCGUCGAUACGUCGGAGUCGCGGUGACAGAAAAUCCGAACAUUGUUUACUGGUCGACGAUAAACGUCAAGGAAAAAACGAUCAUGCAGACUUUGCGUGACUACGAAACAACUGCAAUCGUUGUUGACAGAGGUCUGGUCGCGCCUGAACAGUUGGCAGUCGACUGGGUAACAGGAAACGUGUACUUCAUCGACACCUAUAAAAAGCACAUUGCCGUUUGCAAAAAGGACGGUUCGGCUUGCGCUGUAAUAAUGGACAACGCAGCGAUGCUAGACUCGCCGGGUGGCUUGGUCGUCAAUUCAAAUGCAGGGGACAUGUUUUGGGCCGAUUAUGGAAGAAACCCUGUAAUAUGGAGGGCCAAAAUGGAUGGCAGUCACACGCGCCCGAUAGUGGCAGAAAAUCUCGGCUCGCCGAAAGAUCUUGCGAUCGACUAUAAAGAAGAGCGUUUGUACUGGGUCGAUUCUAAAUCCAUGACUAUAGAAUCGGUCAAGUACGACGGAAGUGACCGUCAGAUAUUCCUAAACGCAACUGGCAUGGUGCUCCGCUCAAUAGCGAUAUUAGGAGAUGAAAUUUAUUGGAGCGAUUUGAGAACACGAACGAUCAGGUCGAUGAACAUGUUUAACGGCGAAGAACAGAAAGUUGUCGUCGAGUCGUCGUCAUACAUUUACGAUAUAGAUAUUUAUCACCCUGCGUUGAAGCCACAAUUGCAAAAUCCUUGCAAAAAUAACGGAUGUCUCGAAAUGUGUCUUCUCACUGGUGGAUUAGAACACUCCUGUGUCUGCAAGCUUGGAAGCAAAAAGCAGGACGAACUGAGCGAAGCCUGCACUCCCGAAGACGAGCCGCAUAAAUUGGUCGUUGCUGCGGGGGAUAGAAUUCUCCUCUACCACCACGAGACUUUGGGCAAAAUCCGAAUCGAAGAAAUUCUUACGCCCAUACUCUUGAGCCGAAUCACUUACGACCGUGGCUCCAAAGACCUGAUCGCUGAUGACCUACUGACCAACUCGAUAUUUACGAUUAACACUGAAAAUCGUGAGGUUCGAAGGAUCGUAAAGAUCGCCGGCGACGGGAUCGGCGACAUUGAUUUUGACGACGGAAAAGAAAGGAUUAUAUGGACCGAUCCCAGCCGUCGUUCCAUCGAUCAACGAAGCAGACGUUUCGAAAGCACGACAAUAAGCUCUCGCUAUUUCGUUGACGAGCCGCAAGAGUACGUUCGUAUUCCUGGCAGAAAGGAAAGCUUCGUUGUCUUCAAGUCCAAGAGCAGAGGAUUGCAUCUCGAUUGGUUGCACGAGGUCGAGCCGCGUGAAAUAAAGACCGUUGUUUCUAAAUUAGUCGGGCCCAAAAUAUCGUUGGCUUACGAAGAAAAAUCUAAGACAGUGUACAUUGCCGACGAGGGUGCCCAAACUAUCCACUAUUUUUCGAGCAACGCCAGCGAAAGUUACGAUCCGAGACCACUUUUAUGUACAGGCAUUGAAAGCCCUGUCAGUCUCGCUAUUUCGCAUGAUAAACUCUUUUGGACCGUUCGUAAUUCCAGUCUUUUGCAAUGGGCCGAUAUAUACGCUGGGUAUCAAAAGGCUCGGAGUGGGAUUCUUCCAGUUAAAAAUGUUGUUGGGAUAAUGGAUAUCACUGCAAUAGACACCUCUACGGUGUAAGUUUGAAGAUGUAAAGCGAUCCUCCGAAAAAUGCGAAUCACGAAAUAAAGUUUUCUCGGCUUGACAUUACCGGACAACGAAUCCUUCUUGAAUUAUUUUAUCGAUGCUUCUGAAGCAAUUAAGUUUAGACGAUAACUCAGGUACUCUGUCAUUUACCAUCGUGCAAUCAUUCGAGACUGGAUGAACUUUUCGGCUGUUACCUGAGAUCGGAAACUGCCAUGAUUAUUUUUCUUAACAUUUUCAAUAUUCUUAAUAAGUAACGGACCAAACGAGUUGCAAGUAUUUUUAUAACAUGCGAUAUAGUCAAUGCUAUCGUCGAGCGAUUCAAAUUGUUCUCCAGAAUUAUUUAAACUUCACUUGAAGUUCCAAUCGAGAUAUCACUCAAUGUUUUAUUGAACGUUGUUAUCGUAGAUUUACAUUUCGAAUUUUAUGUUCGUUUGUAAAAAAAUAACCUUGAAGUUCGAUGCGGUUGUGGGAAAAAAGCUUCAUCGAGCUUUUUUCGCAAUCGAAAGCUUCAUCAUUUCAAACGUCCAUGUUUUU